AUGCUUUUGGAAUCGCUUGUAAUAAAACUUUGCGCCCCAGGGACAAGUUUCUUCAGACAAGUUUUGACUAAAGCAUUUCGUCCUCUGCUGUUCUUUGGUUCAAGAGAAAAAUUAAUCGAGGGACAACUAGAACAACAUCGCCAUUAUCACUCGCCCUCCUCCCACAACUACAACGUACCUGAACGCCCAAGACUUGAAUGGCAACACUGA